UGUUUUUUUUUUUAUCCCAAUUUUGUCUUAGUCCCACUAAUACUUUCACCUUUGACAGGUUCAAAGGUCUGAGCGCUUAGUCAUUUUUUGGAGCGCGGUGGCUCCACUUGCACAACUUUUAAUUUCACUCCUCUCGACUGAAGCAGGGCAGUUCGCUGUGCACCGCAGAGGCAUUAAAAGUUCAAAAGUUACCCAACUUGUUGAUAGAAGGCCGUGUAGCAUGUCAGCCACGCGGAUGCAGUUGCUAUCACCCAGAAACGUCCGGCUUUUAAGCCGGGGCCGAAACGAAUUGUUAGCCGGCUGUAGUGCAGCGCAGCGGCCGGGCGGUGGUCCCAGCAGGGUCCGCUCACUGACCUCUCCCCCUCUGUCCUCCUCCUCUCCCGGCAGAGCUUUAUCGAGUCUGAGUGCGACGCGGCGCGGGCUCCCCAAAGAGAAAAUGUCCGAGAAUGGAGUGUCGUCCCGGGCCAAGGUGUUGACCAUUGACACCAUGAACCCCACGGUGAAGAAGGUGGAGUACGCCGUGCGGGGGCCCAUCGUGCAGCGGGCUGUGGAGCUGGAGAGGGAGCUCUCUGAGGGAAUGAAGAAGCCCUUUUCAGAGGUCAUUAAGGCCAACAUUGGUGACGCGCACGCUAUGGGCCAGCAGCCAAUCUCUUUCUUCCGACAGGUCUUGGCGCUCUGCUCCUACCCUGAACUGCUGAAUGACAGCACAUUCCCAGAGGAUGCUAAAAGUAGAGCACGCCGCAUUCUGCAGUCCUGUGGAGGGAACAGUAUGGGUUCCUACAGUGCCAGUCAAGGCAUAGCCUCUGUGCGUGAGGAUGUGGCCCGCUACAUUGAGCGAAGGGAUGGUGGUGUGCCCUGCGACCCAGACGACAUUUAUCUCACCACAGGGGCCAGCGACGGCAUUGUGACCAUGCUGAAGCUGCUGAUGUGUGGCGAGGGUGCGACCCGUACAGGCGUCAUGAUCUCCAUACCUCAGUAUCCCCUGUAUUCUGCUGCGCUGGCCGAACUGGGCGCUGUGCAGAUCAACUAUUACCUUAAUGAGGAAAAGUGCUGGAGUCUGGACAUCAGCGAGCUGCAGCGUGCCCUGGAUGAGGCCCGGCUUUACUGCAACCCCCGAGCCCUGUGCGUCAUCAACCCUGGAAACCCCACCGGUCAGGUUCAGAGCAGACAAUGCAUUGAGGAUGUAAUCCAAUUUGCAGCAAAGGAACGUCUCCUCCUCAUGGCUGAUGAGGUGUACCAGGAUAAUGUGUAUGCUGAUGGUUGCCAGUUCCACUCUUUUAAAAAGGUUCUGUUUGACAUGGGACCGGAGUACUCAAAUACAGUGGAACUGGUAUCUUUCCACUCCACCUCGAAAUGUUACAUGGGAGAGUGUGGCUUCCGUGGAGGUUACAUGGAGAUCAUCAACAUGGACGAUGAUGUGAAGGCCCAGCUGACCAAGCUGGUGUCUGUCCGUCUGUGUCCUCCUGUUCCUGGACAGGCUUUAAUGGACCUGGUGGUCAACCCUCCGCAGCCUGGGGAACCCUCAUAUGACAACUUUAUCAAGGAGCGCACAGCCACCUUAAGUGCCUUAGCAGAGAAGGCCAAGCUUACAGAGCAGGUUCUCAAUACUGUGCAAGGCAUCAGCUGCAAUCCUGUGCAGGGUGCUAUGUACUCCUUCCCUCGUAUAAACAUCCCUGAAAAGGCCGUCAAAGAGGCCAUGGACAAAGAUCAGCAGCCAGAUAUGUUUUACUGCAUGAAGAUGCUGGAGGAGACGGGGAUCUGCCUCGUACCUGGAAGCGGCUUUGGCCAGAAGGAUGGAACCUACCACUUCAGAAUGACCAUCUUGCCACCAAAAGACAAGCUGAAGAUCCUGCUGAACAAAGUCAAGGAGUUCCACCAGAAAUUCACACAGCAGUAUUCUUAAAUAUCUUCCUCCAUUCACAAUGGGAGGAGCUCAACAACCACAACAAAAAUAACUCAGCCAAUCAGAAUUCAUCUGUCACUAAUAAGUGCCUUUCCUACAAUGGCUCUGGUGGUCUCUGUGAUGACGCACUUCAGCCUCUACAGCUAUCUCAUUUGGACAUUCGCAGCUGGUAUACAAGGCACUGUUUUGUGUCAGAAAACAAAACGAGAUGAAGAAAUUUAAUCAGACGUGUCAGUUUGGUAUGAAAAAUAUGGUUUCACCUUCUGUGUUGAGCUUUGAAGGAUGUACAGUAUGUACUGUAGUUCUGUGUAUUUGUGAAUAUGAGCGAUAUAUCGUCUAUGUGAAUACCAAGCUAAAAAAAAAGAAGGUACAAUUGAAUGAAAAGAUGCUGCUUAAAACCUUGUGUAUGUGUACAACUGGUUAAAAUAUUCCAUUCCUGCAGGCAGUACUUGACAGGGAGAAUAUGCAGAAAAGAGCCAUUUGCAUGAUUUAGACAUGAUUUUGUAGAAUCAAAAUAAAUGUAACAGUGUAUAUUA